CGACUUCCGGUAUGCGGAGGCUGGAAUUUCAGGUUUCUCUCUUGUGUGUUUCGGGGUAACGGUGACGCGCGUCGCCCUGAACACCGACUCUUUUUCAUUUCUCUGUCUUCAUUCAUUUGCCUGCAUGUGUUUAGUCUUAAAUAAGUAUGACUGAGAGCGCGGGGAAUAAAAAUGAGGAUUGUCAUGCAGCGAAUGGUGUGAAAGCAGGAAGAAAUGGCAUGGUGAAGAACCAUCAUCACCAUCAUCAGUGUCAAAAGCAGGAGGAGGUUUACCAUGCUGCAUGCAAUGGAGAGCUUUACAGCAGGCCGUUCAUCGAGUCCUUUGAGGAAACUCCCAUGCUGGUCGCCGUGCUCACGUAUAUGGGCUACGGCAUCCUCACCAUCUUCGGAUAUCUGCGGGAUUUCAUGAGGGAGUGGAAAAUAGAAAAAUGCCACAUAGCCAGAGAAAGGGAGGAGCAGAAGGACUUUGUUCCACUUUAUCAAGAUUUUGAGGAUUUCUACACAAGGAAUUUAUACAUGAGGAUUCGGGACAGCUGGAACAGACCCAUUUGCAGUGCUCCUGGGGCCACGUUUGACCUCAUUGAGCGCAGUUCCAAUGAUUACAAUUGGACCUUUGAGUACACUGGGCGAGUGGUGAAGGAUGUGAUAAACCUUGGCUCGUAUAAUUAUCUGGGUUUUGCAGAGAACACAGGUGCCUCUGCCACAGCUGCUGGAGAGGUGACAGUGAAAUUUGGGGUGGGCAUGGCCAGCACCAGACAGGAAAUGGGCAACCUCGACAGGCAUGAAGAGUUGGAGAAACUGGUGGCAUCAUUCCUGGGAGUGGAGUCGGCUAUGGCUUUCGGCAUGGGGUUUGCAACUAACUCCAUGAACAUUCCUGCGUUAGCUGGCAAGGGAUGUUUGAUUCUAAGUGACGAGUUGAACCAUGCCUCUCUGGUACUCGGAGCAAGGCUGUCCGGCUCCACCAUCUGGGUUUUUAAACACAAUAAUAUGCAGAGCCUGGAGAAGUUACUCAGAGAAGCUAUUGUUCAUGGCCAGCCUAGAACACGUCUAACCUGGAAGAAAAUCCUCAUUCUUGUGGAGGGCAUCUACAGUAUGGAGGGCUCCAUCAUACGGCUGCCAGAACUUAUAGCACUGAAAAAGAAGUACAAGGCCUACCUUUACCUGGACGAGGCUCACAGUAUCGGGGCAUUAGGACCCUGCGGUCGAGGGGUGGUGGAGUAUUUUGGACUGGACUCUAAAGAUGUAGACGUCAUGAUGGGCACCUUCACAAAGAGCUUCGGUGCAGCUGGUGGAUACAUAGCAGGGAGGAAGGAUUUGAUAGACUACCUGCGAACUCAUUCUCACAGUGCAAUUUACGCCACCUCUAUGUCACUUCCUGUCGUGGAGCAAAUCAUCACUUGUAUGAAGUGCAUUAUGGGGAAGGAUGGAACGACAAUAGGCCGUUCACGUAUCCAGCGGUUGGCUGAAAACACAGUCUAUUUCCGUAGGAGACUGCGGGAGAUGGGAUUCAUCAUCUAUGGCAACAAUGACUCACCUGUGGUACCCAUGAUGCUCUACAUGCCCGCCAAAAUCGGGGCGUUUGGUCGAGAGAUGUUGAAGAGAAAUAUUGGAGUAGUGGUGGUGGGCUUCCCAGCCACGCCGAUCAUAGAGUCCAGAGCCCGCUUCUGUAUCUCUGCGGCCCACACCAAGGAAAUGCUGGACAGGGCGCUGGAUGUGAUCAGUGAAGUAGGCGAUCUGCUGCAGCUGAAGUAUUCGCGGCACAAAGUUCUUCCCUCGCUGGACCGGACCGUUGAUGAAGAGUGACAUACUUCCUAUCUGAACCAAAUGUGCACUGCUCAUCAUCUGCUCUCCAAAAGGAAGCAGUGAACCACUUAAUAAAUAUAUCUUUUUUUAAACUUA